AUGACCGGACACACGCACGACGUCUGCGCGUUCCUCAAAUAUCUCGUCCGCAGUGAGCGCAUCCCCACUGCAAAUCGGGAGACGAGUGCGGGCGGGAUUGUCCUUGUAGGGUGGUCGCUGGGCGGUGCGUCGAUGGAGGCGGUCCUCGCCCAUGCCGGCACGUUCCCGGUCGAGGGCGUACAGCUCAGCAAGUACGUCCGGCGCGUCCUCAUAUACGACACAUCAUGCCUGAUAUUCGACCCCCGCCCCAUAGACUGGUACCACCCCUCCAGUGACCCCACCAUCCAACCCGUCGAACACCCCGCCGCAUUCGACCAAUCUAUCGGGAAUUACUUCACCCGCAACAUCGUGAGCACGACGGUACGCAUGUCCGUUACCGAACUCGCGGCGUGCGCACACCCGCGGCCCGCGCAGGUCGGCGGGAGCGAUUACCACUUGAUCGGGGCGUGUGUCGAGCAUGGGACGUAUGGCGCGCUGAAAGAUGGAUCAAUGUACCUGCAGGACUCACAAGGGGAUGCGGACGCGUGGUCCGCUGUCGAGGUGCGCGUGGUGUGGUGUGACCGCUCGCCGUGGGAGAUGGCGUGGGGUGCAUAUCUGCUCGAUGAGGAGCUUAAGGAGGCACGAGGGGCGGGGAAGCCGUUACGGAACAUUAACCUCGUCCGCCUGAAGGGCGCGAACCAUUUCGCGCACUGGGAUAUGCCGGAGAAGACUAUGCGGGUGUUUCUAGGGGAGGGCGAGUCGAUUAUUAAGUGA